CCGCCCCGAAGAGGCAGCCAGGGGAGCAGGCAAGGCGAAUGCCAAGGCGUUCUCGGCUUGCCAGCCUUGCCACCUCCUCCCCCAAGGAGGGCAUGAAGAGCUGGAGGAGCCCAGUGCUGCUGGUGCUGCUGCUGCUUGUGCUCCUGGGCGAAGAAGCCUAUAGCAUCUUCUUCAAGUGGGUCCAUGAUGGAAUAUUCCAGUUCAAUCUUGCUGCUCUCCAUUAGUUUUCUACACAUUGAUGCAUUACUUGAAAACGGAACUACAGUAUUUAAUGAUACAACAACAAGUCCUCCAAAAGAAAAUGGUCACCCCCAACAUCUGUUGACUUCAGUGCUGAUCUUGAUUCUGGUGUUCAUAAUUUUAAUUCUUUUAGCUGGCUAUUUCUUUAGGUUCAGGAAACACAGAAAAGCAGUGGUGAAUUCCAGUGAUAAAAAAAUGCCAAAUGGAAUCUUAGAAGAACAAGAACAGCAAAGAGUGAUGCUUCUCAGGAGGUCUCCUUCUGGUCCAAAGAAAUAUUUUCCUAUUCCUGUGGAGCACCUGGAAGAGGAAAUACGGAUCCGAGCAGCUGAUGAUGGAAAAUUAUUUCGGGAAGAAUUUAAUUCAUUACCUCCUGGAUAUAUGCAAGGGACGCUUGAGAUGGCCAACAAAGAGGAAAACAGAGAAAAAAACAGAUAUCCCAAUAUACUACCUUAUGAUCAUUCCAGAGUAGUUUUAAUACAGAUAGAUGGAGUUCCAUGUUCAGACUACAUUAAUGCUUCAUACAUCGAUGGUUACAAGGAAAAGAAUAAAUUUAUAGCAGCUCAAGGUCCUAAGCAAGACACAGUAAAUGAUUUUUGGAGGAUGAUAUGGGAACAGAAGUCUGCAACAAUUGUCAUGUUAACAAACGUAAAAGAAAGAAAAGAGGACAAAUGUUACCAUUAUUGGCCUGAUCAAGGAUGCUGGACUUAUGGGAGCAUCCGAGUUUCAGUGGAGGACUGUAUUGUUCUUGUGGAUUAUACAAUUCGGAAGUUCUGUAUUCAGUCACAGGUGUCUGAAGGCUGCAAAGCUCCAAGACUUGUAACUCAGCUUCAUUUCACCAGCUGGCCUGAUUUUGGAGUGCCUUUCACGCCUAUUGGAAUGCUGAAAUUCCUAAAGAAAGUAAAGUCAUUGAACCCUACACAUGCUGGACCAAUUGUGGUUCACUGCAGUGCUGGUGUGGGCCGGACAGGCACGUUCAUAGUAAUAGAUGCCAUGAUUGACAUGAUGCAUGCUGAACAAAAAGUUGAUGUUUUCGAUUUUGUAGCAAGAAUUCGCAAUCAACGCCCGCAAAUGGUUCAGACUGAUAUGCAGUACUCCUUCAUUUAUCAAGCCUUACUUGAAUACUACCUCUAUGGUGACACAGAACUAGAUGUGUCCUCUUUAGAAAAGCACCUGCAGCCAUCACACAACACAACACCAAAUCUCGUCAAAAUAGGGCUAGAAGAAGAAUUUAAGAAAUUGACAAAUGUUCGAAUAAUGAAAGAAAACAUGAGAACUGGUAAUCUACCAGCGAAUAUGAAGAAAGCCAGAGUUAUCCAAAUCAUCCCAUAUGACUUUAACAGAGUGAUUCUUUCCAUGAAAAGAGGUCAGGAAUAUACGGAUUAUAUCAAUGCUUCUUUCAUAGAUGGCUAUCGCCAAAAGGAUUACUUCAUUGCAACUCAAGGACCACUUCCUCAUACAGUGGAAGACUUCUGGAGAAUGGUGUGGGAAUGGAAAUGCCAUACAAUUGUUAUGCUUACCGAAGUUCUGGAGAGGGAGCAAGAAAAGUGUUUUCAGUAUUGGCCAUCAGAGGGCUCUGUUACUUAUGGAGAGAUUACUAUUGAAAUAAAGAGUGACUUACUUGCUGAUGCCAUAAGUGUACGGGACUUUUUGAUUACACAUAAUCAGGAGAAGCCAGGCAGGCUUGUCCGACAGUUUCAUUUUCACGGAUGGCCUGAAAUUGGAAUUCCUGUUGAAGGGAAAGGAAUGAUUGACCUCAUUGCAGCUGUCCAAAAGCAGCAACAGCAGACAGGAAAUCAUCCCAUUACAGUGCACUGCAGUGCUGGAGCUGGAAGAACAGGUACAUUCAUAGCACUCAGCAAUAUUCUGGAGCGAGUCAAAGCUGAGGGGCUCUUAGAUGUAUUUCAAGCUGUGAAGAGUUUACGACUGCAAAGACCACAUAUGGUGCAAACACUGGAACAAUAUGAAUUCUGCUACAAAGUGGUACAAGAUUUCAUUGAUAUAUUUUCUGAUUAUGCUAAUUUUAAGUAAAAACUCCUGCCUUAUUUUUUUUAAUUUAAUCAUCUGUACAGAGAGUUGUAAAUCAUGUUAAUUUAUUUCCAUUGUUGUUGUUGCUGUUUUAUUUUUAUUUUUUUAAAACUCUAAAUGUACAUAUGACCAUGUUUGUUCUGAAUGUCUUCUUUGAUGUAUAUAUAUUCUUCAAGCAGGCUUUCACUCUGAUCCAAGAGACUUUCCAAACAAUUGAACACCUUUCCAAUCAACUGUUGGGUGACAAAUGACAGACUGAUUCCAAACUAUAUCUCCCCAACAGUUGAGCAAUGGGAUUUUAAUUGUUCUGAAAGAUCUCCAUGUGUGCAGCUCCACCUGUUGGAUAAAAGAGGAGAGCUGUACGCACCACACUCAUUUGCACUUGGGGCUCCAUCUUGCAUAAAACCUGAAUGUGGCAGCUGGAUCAAGAUGGUCUUUCAAGUUUUGCAUAUCCAGUGGCCGUGGACUAUAUACUACAGUGUAUACUGUUAUGGAAAUAGGGCACAAUCCAGCCUAUGUUAGGCAUAUUUAAGACUCACUAGUUUCAGUGAGUGUUUUAAGCUUAUGCUUAAUUUUUUCCCAUUGAAAUUUAUGGGAUGUAGAGCCAAGUUCAUGCCUUUGAGUACCAGAGACUCUGCAGCAUUACUAAAGCUAAGCUGGUGUGGAUCUGAUCAGUCCCUUGGAUGGGAGUCCAUGUGGAGCCCAUGGAAGAUGAGGAUGUGAAUAUUUUAAAAACAAAUUAAUGGGACUUCAAAGUGCUUGAUCAUUCUAGAUCGUCAUGCCAAUAUUAUGCCUAAAUGCCUGUGAAAUUGUCUUUUUAUUUCUCAGUUUUAGCAUUCAAACAAGUUAUAAAAUAGCUCCUAAUGUCUAUAAUGCAGAGGAACAACAGUAUACAUGCCAAAUUAGCAUCAUCUUCAACAUGUGAUAAUUAUUUCACUUGGAACAACUUCCACAGUAUGUUCACAUUCGACUAGGAAGUUCUGUAUGAACCCCAUUGCAAUGAAUGUGGCUUACGCAGGGGGAGAAACUGUACCCUCGUACAAAUUGAAUUCAUUUCUCUUCUGUUUGCACAUAACAUUAUGGAAUUUUCAGAUGUGAUGUUUUGAUGUUAUUAUGUUCAUAGCACCUUGCUCCACAUGCAAACCCAUAAUGUGGAGGACUAUUGACUGGAAAACACACAAUUUCAAGUCUGGAAGAUUGUCAGCUGACAUUAUGUAGAUAUAUCUUCAUUUCAACUUUCAACCUACAGUAUACAGCUAAACCCUUUUACUUUGGAGGGGAGUUACUGUUUGCAUCUUUAUUGUUAAGCACAACCCUUUUGGUAGAGUCUAUAAAUACAAAAAUCCCUCAUAGUAACAAUAUGAAAUCUGAAUAUUAAUUUUAAAAAUAAAAUAUUUUUAUUGGCAGGCCUCUAACUAAUUCUCUUUAAAAGCAAGUGGUCACUUAGCACUAUAAUAUAAAUAU